AUGGCUUCGGUUAUCCCAAACACUCGAGAUGCGUCGCGCAUCAGCCUCGAUGCGGAGCAACCUGCCGUUCCAGCGAUCUUGGAAAUAGAAGAACCAUCGAACGAUGAUAUCCCAACAAAAUUCCAGUCGGCUUUGGUCGUCGUGGCGGCAUUUGUCACGAUCUUCACAGGCUGCGGUAUCAACUUCGCCUUUGGUGUAUAUCAAGAACUCUAUGAGUCCAUGGCCAAACUCCCCGCCCCCACGCCCUUCAGCGGCGUUUCUCCCGCCCAGAUUGACCUUAUCGGCACUUUGGCCGUGUCAAUGAUGUCGCUCGGCGCCCCCUUUGCAUCCGGUUGGUGUAAAUCGUACUCCCCGCGCCAGAUCACUCUAGCCGGGGCGGUCAUCUUUGCUCUCGCCAACGUCCUCGCAUCCUUUAGCCAGCAGCUGUGGCAUUUUAUCCUCACGCAGGGAGUAUUGCUGGGAUGCGGCACAUGUCUCACCUACAUCCCGGCCGUGACAGUCGCCCCCGGUUGGUUCACCACCCACCGCGGCCUUGCAAUCGGCAUCAUUUCCUCUGGAACUGGGGUUGGUGGCGUGGUAUGGGCACCGGCCUUGCGCGCCUUGAAUGCCCGAAUCGGAUUUCGUAACACACUGCGGCUCAUUGGGGCAUUGUCGUCGAUUCUCCUGGGCGGCUCGUCCCUCGUGCUGGAUUGGGAACCUCGCACAAAGCGUCAGAACCAACUGGACCGGCAGGCAUCGACUUCGUCUCGACUGAAAGUAGCCCUAGUGGACUGGCGCGUCGCGCGUACCCGAAAGUUCCUCGCCCAGUGCCUCUCCGCCGGCUUCCAGGGGGCCGCAUACUAUGCGCCCGUGUACUUCAUGUCAACAUACGCCCGGGCGCUGGGAUUCUCCGCUGCCACGGGGGCAAUGUUCAUCUCCAUUUCAAAUGCAUCGUCGGCCAUUGGGAAGAUAGUGAUCGGUCAUGUUGCUGAUCGCGCUGGCCGCAUCAACGUCUUUCUGUUUACAACGCUGAUGAGCGCGAUGGCCACCCUGGGGUUAUGGUUGCCAUCCACGGUGCUUGGGGACAAGGCUCUGUUCAUCGCAUUUGCCAUGCUCUAUGGCGUAUUUGCGGGGGCCUAUGUGAGUCUAUUUCCGGCGACGCUAGUUGAGCUCUUCGGGGUCCAGCAUUUUGCGAGUGUGAACGGGUUUCUCUACAUGGUUCGUGGGUUUGCGGCAUUGGUGGGGACGCCAGUCGCGGGCUUGCUGAUACGAGGCGGCACGGACCUUGACUUGGACACGAGGUCAAUGAGUAGAAUGUAUCUCAAGACGAGUGUGCUGGUAGGAGUCUUGCUCGUGGGUGCCACGGUGGGUGUUGCGUGGGUUCGAAUCGAAGCGGCCAUCAGUGCAAUGGAUGGACGGCGGAGGAUGAAAUGGAGGGCUUGA